AUGGCCUCCACGGCCGGUGACCAGCCUCUUCCUGAGGUUGGCCCGUCGUCUCCCUCCCCCCUUCAGCCGUUUCCAACCUCUACAAACCCUAAUACAAACCCUAAUCCACCUAAAACAUAUGCGAAUUUAUUAAACCCUACUGUCAUAAAUACGCACAUGCAAACCCUAGCUACAUUGAAACCAAUUGAGUUCCUUCAUGGAGAACCAAUUGUGAAGUGGAAGAAACAAGAAGUGAAGCAAUCCAUCGUACAACAAGGGCUUCAACUUGCAGUUCUUGGGAAAUUUUCAUAUGGGAAGCCUGUUAUUGUUGGCUUGAUUGAAGACAAUCAUGUGUUAAUUAGGCUGUCUUUAUUGGAGGAUUAUGUUCAUCUUCUCUCAAACCCAGCUUUUUAUUUAAAGGCUCAAUUAGACAUGUGGCAGAUGCGUUGUACAAAAUGGAAUCCAUGGUGGACACCUGAUGAAGAGACUCCAAUUGCCAUAGCGUGGAUUAGUUUUCCAGAACUUCCUCCAAAUUUCUUUGGUAAGGAAUGUGUAUUUUCAUUAGCUCGUGCAGUUGGUAAUCCAUUACAUGUAGACCUAGCAACUCAAAAUGGGACUAGACCUAGUUGUGCUAAGGUAAAGGUGAAAGUGAAUUUGCUAGGUAAUAUCCCUAAACGUAUUAAGAUUGUUGAGGAAGCUGAUGAAUCUGGGCCAGAAGAGUUCAAAUUGAUCAGGAUUAAGUAUGACUAUAUGCCUAAAUAUUGCAAGCCUUGCAAGAAACAAGGGCAUAGUGAGGCAGAAUGUUGGGUAAUUCAUCCUGAGUUACACAAGAGAUUUGAUGAAGAUGUUGAGGAUCAAGGCAAGGAGAAGACAAUUGUGGUGAGUACUGAAGCAAUUGGUACAGCUGCAAAUUCAACAAAGGUUCUAUCAAGUGGAAAGGUGGUUGGUAAGCCUGCUACUAAUCAUGCCAAGCAGGAAUGGAUACAAGCAAGGAAGAACAAAUACCAACGGGAUAAUAGGGGUCACAUUGUUGAUAAUAAACAAAGUAAGGAAGCUGACAAGGGUAAAGGGAAGGCCAAACUUGAGGAGGUAGUAAUCAAGAACAAGUUUAAUGCAUUAGAGGUUGAGGAAGUUUAUCAACCUAUUCUACAAAUUACUGAAGGCAAAGGUGAGGAUCAUAGCAAUGCGGGAGAAAGUAGCCAACAAGAACUUAAGCGUGUGAAGAAGGAAGCAGUGAAGAAAUUGUUGGAAGAUCAGCAUAAUGGGAACUUAACUAAGGAUAAUCCUAUUGUUCCUAGUGAUCAAAGUAGUGAUGCAAUUGAGGUAGAGGAUGAUCAAAUAGGCACGACCAAGACAACAGGAGACAAAGUGAGGGACAACAGCCCACCUAGCGAUAGGCUGGCGACGCCAGGCCUAAAGCCAGGCUCCACAGGCGUUAGGCUGGCGACGCCAGGCCUGGCGCCAAGGUCACCUAAUGAAGCAACGAUAGUUAAUCUUGUUACUAGUGCAACUGGCAAGAUUUUGGCAUAUGUAGAUGGUGUUCCGAUGUAUGUAUUGGAGAACAAACUUGAUGAUAAUGUGAAGGUUAGGGAUGAUACAGUAGGAUCGGAGAAUAACAGUGAAAAGAAUGAUGAGCACGCAAUUGUUCCAAGAGCAUUUGGGGAAAUAGAGGAAGUGCCUAUGGAAUAUGGCACUGAUCAAAUUAUGUAG